UGUUACGUAUGUUUAUCAUUGUUGACUUGUGAAAUGAAGUUUGUAAAAACUUUCGAAGUUCAUAAAAAGUUAUAAAUUCAUGAAAUAUAAAAGCAAAUGCUCAAAUAUUUCAGAAAUGCGUAAAGUACAGUUAUUUUAAAGAAAAUGAAGUUUUAUAUAAAUUGUAAAGUUGAGUGAACUUGUAAAGUUGUGUUAUGUGUGAGUAAUCCCUUGUUCAUAGGUGCAAGGCGAGCGAAUUCUACAGGUGUGAAUGGAAUGUUGUGGACUUUGAAAGCCUAGCAACGACUAACUAUUACAAUGAAAGUUCUCAUUACUAUUAAAUUACCUGUAAAUUUAAUUUAAUCAAUUAAUGCAAUGUAACACCAAAAGUGAACAAAUUUUAAAUUACGAAAUAAUGAUGGAAGAAUUAGAGCGGUGGUUCAAAAUGAAUUCCUUGCUAUGUGUUAGUAUUUUGCUAACAUUAUUUUUGAGUUUAGAACUAACGUCAUCUGCAGAUACGAAUGUACAAAUGCAACCACCUCGAUUUAGUAUGCAACCUUCCACGUCAAAUAUUGUCAGAGAGGGUACAACCAAGAUACUACAAUAUUCUGCGAUGGGUAUACCACAACCGAUGUACAAAUGGCUGAAAAAUGGAAUCCCCCUGACUGAUUACUCUUCCGAAUUAUUUUAUAAAAUUCACAACACACAACGGCAAGAUGCCGGCGCUUAUCAGUGUAUCGCAAAAAACGACGUGGGUGCAAUUUUCAGCAAAAAAAGUCAUAUAAUAGUAGCCUAUAUGGGAGUAUUCGAUAACAUAACUGAUACAGUCGUAAGUGUAGAAUCUGGUAGGGCAGCUAUAAUUGAAUUUCCCCAUAUUGAAUCGGAACCAUCCCCUUCGGUUAUUUGGCAAGAUGAACAUGGAGCUUUAAAAUACGAUCAAAAAUAUGCAGUAACUGGGAAACAUCAACUAGUCAUAUUAUGUGCGAAUCAUGAAGAUGAAAGAUCAUAUCGAGUUCGAGCUAUAAAUACACAACUAGGUAAAGAAGAAAACAGUCCUUAUAUCAAAUUAAAUGUAUACGGUGAUGAUGACAAAGAAAUACCACCGGAAAUCGUUAUUAAACCAGAGGAUACCACAAUAACAAAAGGACAAGAAUACACUGACUUGUACUGUAUCGCAAAUGCGAGACCACUUCACGAAUUAGAGACUUUAUGGUUCAAAGACGGUAUCAUGAUCGAUCUAGCAGGAAUUACAUUUAACUUAAACGACCAAUGGAAUAGAACUCUAUCCCUUAUAUCUGCUAACUUAACCCACACGGGGCAGUACACGUGUCAAGCAAGGUUGAAAACCGGCGGUUUUGCCACUGUUACCGCAUCCGCAACAGUCACAGUUUAUGAGAAGCCAGUAUUCUUAACGAAUUUAAGAUCCGAAACUUUUGGAGAAUUCGGAAAAUCUAUUGUAUUGGAAUGUGAUGUUCAAGGUAUACCGUUACCUGGGAUCACUUGGUAUAAAGACGCUAAAAAGAUCGCGAGUGUAGGUGCUGAAGUCGGAGAAUCGGACAACUCAGAUGUUGAUGAUGGCGGAGGCAGGUACAGAGUCGAAGUGGAUCGAUCACUUGUCAUCAGCGAUCUAAAAAUGGAAGACAUGGGUAUUUUUCAAUGUAUAGCGAGCAACGACGCCGGGGAAACGUCCAUAUACACGUGGCUGAAAAUAAAAACAUCCACUAGACGAUUACCACGCAGUCAUAUGAAGUUAAUUAGAAUGAGAAGCUCAGACAAAAAGUCAAAAACAUUCAAAUUCGAUACCGGCACGUCCCCGCCUAUAAUGCAGACUCCGCCAUCGAAUCUGACCGUACUCGACGGGAAAGACGCAACUAUUUCAUGCCGUGCCAUCGGAGCACCAACUCCCAACGUUACCUGGUACUUUAAUGACUCCUUAAUAAUAAAUCUAUCUGGACGACUGCAAGCUCUUGAAGAUGGAGAUUUAUUGAUAACUAGCACAACAACAGCAGACAGCGGCAAAUAUACGUGUCUUCGUGCGAACGACGCCGGAAACGUAUCUGGAGAGGCAUACCUGACAGUACUCGUGAGAACUCAAAUUAUUGCUCCGCCUGUGGACACUCGAGUGCUUCUAGGUCAUACAGCGACGUUGCAAUGCAAAGUUUCGAACGAUCCCAAUGUCAAAUACAAUAUUGAUUGGUUCCACAACAAGCAGCCGAUGACAGCUGGCUCCAGGGUGAUAGUGUCGGCGGACGGGGCACUGCAAGUGCAGGCGGUGCGCGCUAGCGACGCCGGCGAGUACACGUGCGUGGUGACGUCACCGGGCGGCAACCACACGCGGCACGCGGUCCUCUCCGUCAUCGAGCUGCCCUUUGCACCGACAAACGUCCGCGCAAUGAGACUGGAGGCGGCCUCUCAGCGCGCCGUCAACAUAUCGUGGACACCCGGUUUUGACGGAAACUCACCGAUCCAAAAGUUUAUAGUUCAAAGGAGAGUCGUCCCCGAAUUCGGACCUAUACCGGACCCAUUGUUAAAUUGGGUAACAGAACCGAUGAACGUUUCCUCGACACAACGCUGGGUUUUAUUGACGAGUUUGAAGGCCGCCACUUCGUACCAGUUCAGAGUCUCAGCUGUGAACACAGUAGGGGAAGGGCCGCCGUCGGACCCGACCGACGUGCUGACCCUCCCACAGGAAGCGGCUGAAGAUUUUAUAUGCUGCCAAGCGCCCUCCGGUCCUCCCGUUGGAUUCAUAGCUUCGGCGCGUUCUUCAUCAGAAAUAAUAACCCAAUGGCAGCCUCCUUUAGAAGAGCAUCGAAACGGACACAUUCUUGGAUUCGUCAUCAGAUACAGGCUACGUGGCUACGAAAACAGCCCUUGGACUUACCAGAACAUCACCAACGAGGCACAGAGGAACUAUUUAAUACAAGACUUGAUCACGUGGAAAGAUUACAACAUCCAGAUUGCUGCGUACAACGACAAAGGCGUUGGAGUAUUCUCAGAUAGCUACACUAUCAAAACGAAGGAGGGAGUGCCCGAGGCGGCGCCCGACAGCGUGCGGUGUGAGGCGUACAACUCGACCGCGGUCAUGGUCACGUGGACCCCGCCGAACCCGCAGAAAAUUAACGGCAUCAACCAGGGCUAUAAGAUUCAAGCGUGGAAAUGGGACGACGCAGAGAAUGAAAACGUUGAACAGAAAUUAGCAAGUGUGCCGCCCAACUUGCUGGACCCCCUCACCGAACAGUCGGCCAUAAUAGAUGACCUCGAGCGGUUCACGGAAUACAACAUCACGGUGUUGUGCUUCACGGAACCAGGAGACGGGCCCCGCAGCGAUUACUUCGUCGUUAGGACCAAAGAAGACAUUCCCGACGAAGUUGGAAGUUUGCUUUUUGAUGAAAUAUCAGACCGCGCAGUGAGAGUGUCGUGGAGUCCACCGAAAAAGUCCAACGGUAUUCUGCUCGGCUACAAACUGUCUUAUGAAAUAAUAAACAAUUCGGAGUCUUACAAAGAAGAGGUCCUACCGCCAAACGUUACGAGCAUCAAAGUCGAACAAUUGCAAGCGAGCACCCACUACAAGUUCUGGCUGUGCGGCAUGACGGCGGUGGGGUCGGGCGCGGCCCGCGCGGCCACCAUCCAGUCGGGCGUGGAGCCCGUGCUGCCCGACGCGCCGCGGAACCUCGCCCUCUCCAACAUCGACGCCUUCUCUGUGCUGCUGCAGUUCACCCCCGGAUUCGACGGCAACUCAUCUAUAUCGCUGUGGACCGUGCAGGCGCAAACGGCACGCAACUCGUCCUGGAUUACAAUCUAUGAAGUGAACGCUCCAGAAGCUCAAUCCAUACUGGUCACCGGCUUGGUCCCCUUCACGACAUACAGACUGCGCUUGAUAGCGACUAAUGUAGUAGGAUCCUCUCAACCUUCGGAGCCCUGUAAGGAGUUUCAGACCAUCCAGGCGCCUCCGCGUCAUCCCCCCAAGAACGUUACGGUUCGCGCCGUUAGUGCCAAUAACUUGAGAGUGAGAUGGAUUCCUUUACAGCAGAGCGAAUGGUACGGUAACCCUAAAGGCUAUAACAUAACGUACAAGAGGAGCGGAACAAAUGACACACUUCAUAGCAUUAUCGAAGAUCACACGGCCAAUUCACAUGUCUUAGCCAAUUUGGAGGAGUGGUCGGUCUACGAAAUACGUAUGACUGCAAUAAACGAAGUGGGCACUUCAGCCGAAAGUCCUACGGCUUUUGAGAGGACCAGGGAAGCUGUGCCAUCACGAGGCCCGAGCGACGUAUCAGCGAACGCCACUUCAUCGACUACGGUGGUGGUCUUGUGGGGCGACAUCUCUGCACAAGAUCAAAACGGUCUCAUUGAAGGCUACAAGGUGUGCUACGCGGCCGUGACGCCGCCGCCGCGCCCCGAACACAAGAAGAUCGAAUGUCAAGCAAUACCCUCCAAUCAGACGCACACGGUCACACUGACCGAGCUCAGGAAAUAUGUGGUGUACCAGAUACAGGUGCUCGGCUACACGAGGCUGGGCGACGGAGCCCUGAGCGACCCCCCGGUUACUGCAAGGACUUUUGAAGACACACCGGGGCCCCCAUCCAACGUCUCUUUCCCCGAUGUCACGUUUACGACAGCUCGGAUCAUAUGGGACGUACCGGAGGACCCGAACGGCGAGAUACUCGCUUACAAAGUCGUGUACCAUCUCAAUAGUUCCACGCAGCACAUGUUCUCCAGAGAAUUUUUACCGUCAGACCGCACAUUUAGAGCGACAGAGUUGUCGUCGGAGCAGUACUACGUGUUCAGCGUGCGCGCUCAGACACGACUGGGCUGGGGGGUGACCGCCCGCGCGCUCGUACUGACGACGGCCAACCGCUCCCCGCCCCUGCCGCCCCCGCGCCCGCAUGUAGCGCGCUCCUUGCUGCAGCCGCACCACAUCACCUUCUCCUGGACGCCCGGAGACGACGGAUACGCGCCGCUCAGGUACUACACAGUUCAGCAAAAGGAGGAAGGAGGCACGUGGCAAACUAUCCCUGAGAGAAUAGAUCCGUUUGCUACAUCCUACACCGCUGAGGGCUUGAAGCCUUAUACCGGUUAUCAAUUCAGGAUUAGAGCCACCAACGACAUGGGCCCCAGUCGCUACAGUAACGCUACUGAAACUGUUCGGACCUUACCUGCAGCUCCGAGUAAAGCCGUUGAGAAUCUGCACGUGGUUCCAAUAACGCCGAACAGCGUGCGCGUGCAGUGGACGCCGCUGUCGGAACAGUACUGGAGUGGUGAUGCUCGGACGGGAGGGUACCGAAUAUUUUAUCAACCACUCACAGACUUCCCUACUGCAUUGCAACAGACCAUGAAACUUGAAGUGACCGGCGUAAAGACUUCAGAAGCUGUUCUGACGGAGCUGGCGGUGGACCGUAACUACGAGAUCAGCGUGUGCGGCGUGAACUCGCAGGGGUCCGGUCCCGCCGGCACCCCGGCCGUGGUGUGGGUGGGCGAGGCCGUGCCCACCGCCCCGCCCGCCGCGCUCUCCGCCGUGCCGCUGUCCCCCACCGAGGUCACGCUCAACUGGGCGCCGCCCGCUCUGCACCACCGCAAUGGAGAUCUACUAGGCUAUAAGAUUUUCUACAUAAUGACAGAAUCACCCGAAGACCCGGAGCCGGGGCGACGCGUUGAGGAAGAAAUAGAAGUGGUCCCCGCCACGGCCACUUCACAUUCGCUGGUCUUUCUCGAUAAAUACACGCAAUAUCGUAUUCAGGUGUUGGCGUUUAACGCGGCCGGUGAUGGACCGCGGUCGAAUGCCGUAGUGGCACGAACGAUGCAGGGCCUGCCCUCCGCGCCCAGAAACAUUACCUUCACCGACAUCACCAUGAACAGUCUCGUAGUGGCGUGGGAGCCGCCGCGCCGCCGCAACGGUCCGGUGCAGGCCUACCUCGUCACGUACGAGACCGUGCAACAAGACGAACGUUUCAGCAAACAGGUGAAACAAAAAGUAACAGAGCGAAGGUUGGCUGUGGGCGGGCUCGAGGAGGAGGCGGAGUACCGGUUCAGCGUGCGUGCGGUGACGGUGGGUGCGGGCGCGGAGAGCGCGGCCCGCGUGCGCACCGGCCCGCAGCCCGGCUCGCCCUCCGCCCCCCGCCUGCUGCAGCUGGCGCCCGAGCUGGCGGCGCUGCGUCUGCGCUGGAACAACACCCUUUCCGGCCGCGGACCGCUCCUCGGGUAUUACAUCGAGGCACGCAGAAAAGCCAAGGAAGCGUGGCAGGCCUAUGACACUCGUUGGGAAACCAUCACGAGAACAAGCAACGGAAUGUUAGAAGAGUUCACCAUUUCGUAUCAGAGCUUACUGCCGUCGACAGCUUACACGUUCCGGGUCAUCGCGUACAACGCCUACGGCAUCAGCCAGCCAGCUUACAACGAAAAAGUGAUAGUCACACCUUCGAAGCUGUACCUGGAGUACGGAUAUCUGCAAUAUCGACCCUUCUACCGACACACGUGGUUCAUGGUCGUGCUCGCCGCCACUUCCGUCGUCAUUAUCAUCACCGUCAUAGCUAUUCUUUGCGUCAAAAGCAAGAGUUACAAAUAUAAAAAAGAAGCUCAGAAGAGCCUAGAGGAGCUGACGGGCGAGCGCGAGGAGCGCGGCUCGCUGGCCAUGGAGCUGUACAGCGAGGGCGGCGCGUCGGUGCGGCGCAAGCCCGCCGCGCCCGGGAAGCCGCCGCCGCGCCCCGCGCCCGCCUCCGUGCUCUACCACAGCGACGAGGAGAGUCUGCGCGCCUACGACGCCAACGCCGACGACUCCUCGCUCACAGAGAAACCCUCGGAGAUGAGCUCCUCUGACUCGCAGAAUUCGGAAAGUGAAAACGAAAGCGUGAGGUCUGAACCACAUUCUUUCGUGAAUCAUUACGCCAACGUUAACGAUACGUUACGACAGUCUUGGAAGAAACAGCGACCCGUACGUAAUUACUCCAGCUACACGGACUCCGAGCCCGAGGGUAGCGCCGUGGUCAGCCUCAACGGAGGUCAGAUCGUGAUGAACAACAUGGCGCGGUCGCGUGCCCCGCUGCCUGGCUUCUCUUCGUUUGUAUGACAGGAGGAGUCGCCCAUAGCGGCCGCACCUGCUCGAACGGUUCACAUGUGAGCCUCAUCCGCCUUAACUCUUUUUAGUCCUAGAGAAUAAGCCAUAUUGACGCAUCUGCAUAAUAGAAUGCCUAAAUUUAUAUUUAGUAAUCUAUACACAGUUAAAACAAGUUAUAACAUUGAAUCGAAACAAUACGAGAAAUCAAUAAUUUAAUACUAAAGUCGGUCAUGACGUCAUUCACAUUUAAGCAAGUUUAAAUCUGAAAUGAGUCGGCCGUUAUGACUUAGUAAAUUACAUUACAGAAUGCAUAUUCACACACUCGUUUUUUUUUUACGUUCUUAAGUAAUGUAAUAAUUGAGGUAAAUUGAAAGAGGAAGAAACGGCUAUGGUAUCUCUGACGAGGGAGGGGGAGGGUGAUGGGAGAGAUGUGCUCCGCACUAAACGCUUCACUCCCCCCUUUGCCUUUUCAUGAGUUCUGUCUCAUGCGAGGCUCGGACGUGGGUUGUUGA